GGCAACGAGCCUGCAGCUCCAGCUACCCCGAAACCCCGUCCAACGUCCAUGGCUAUCCACCUCCGGGCCCACGCCUUCGCGGCCAACCCGCUGCGUGGCGUCUCCGCCGCCACCACCUCCAUGUCCCCCUCCGCGGCCGCCGAGGCACUCCGCUACCUCCUCGACCCCAGCUCCGCCGCCGCCGCCGCCAAUCCCAGCCAGUACCUCUCCAAGAUCCUUCCUUUCCGCCGGGGCCGCCCGCUCGCGCGCUCCACGGACCCUCCCGCGGUGCCGGCCUGGCGCCUCGCGUGGCUCCCGCCGUCCCGCGUCCCCGGGGUGGCCCUGGAUGCCUUCGUCUUCCUGGGCGCGCUCGUCGAGGGGGACGGCAAGGAAGCCUCCGCGUACUGGGCGGUCGACGUCAGCGAGGGCGAGGGAGCCAGGGUUGGUGGGCCGGCGGACGGGGAUGGGCCGUCGGCGUUUGUGGACUUGAGGACGCUCAUGGUGGCCACGGACUGGAGCGACAAGGACGCCAUGGCGGAGCUCGCCAUCGCAGGACAUGCUCGAGCACUGCUAGAAUGGCACAGCACGGCAAAAUUUUGUGGAGCUUGUGGAGCAAAGGCUGUACCUACUGAAGCCGGGAGGCGUAAGCAGUGCAGCAACGAUUCCUGCAAGAAGAGGAUAUACCCUAGAAUUGAUCCGGUUGUGAUCAUGUUGGUCAUUGAUAAAGAAAAUGAUCGGGCACUCUUAAGCCGCCAGUCAAGAUUUGUGCCUCGUAUGUGGAGUUGUCUUGCUGGUUUCAUAGAGCCAGGAGAAAGCCUGGAAGAGGCAGUGAGACGAGAAACAUGGGAGGAAACUGGUAUCGAAGUUGGGCAAGUCGUUUAUCACAGUUCUCAACCAUGGCCUGUUGGGCCAAAUACUAUGCCGUGUCAACUGAUGGUGGGCUUCUUUGCUUAUGCUAAAUCAUUGGAGAUAAACGUGGACAAGCAGGAGCUUGAAGAUGCCCAGUGGCACAACCGCGAAGACGUCAAGAAAGCGUUGACGUUUGCUGAAUACGAGAAAGCCCAGAGAACAAGCGCUGCCAAGGUCGAUCAGAUCUGCAAGGGCGCUGAGAAAGGGCAGAACCCCUCUGCCGACUUCAAAGUUGGAAGCGGCGAGCCUGCUCCAAUGUUUGUCCCAGGACCCUACGCCAUUGCUCACCACCUUAUCUCGUCGUGGGCUUUCGAGGGAGCACCGAAGCUGCCUAGUUCAUUCUCAAACCUAUAAGCCUGGACCCUGGUGUUCAGACAGACGAUGACAGGAACUGGACCCCUGUGCUGCGGGCUCAUGGAUCACCUGUGUUGCCGUGAGUGUAAUUCUGAUAGUGUGUGUCCGUUGCCGGUUGUGAUAAAAUAAAAUAGCAAUAGAGUACUGGGUACAGAAGACUUGCCGGAGGAUUUGGCAUCAAUGGACAUGUAUAUCCAUUGCCUUUUUACAUGUUGAUCCUCUUUGUAUCACACGUAAUGUUGCAUACUUGCAUAGAUACAACAAUGAUAUACAUCACACAGUGUACUCAUGCAUUUAUACAUGUAUUCAGAUAACUGGAUUCA